CCCGCGGUCUGUUCGGUUGUGUGCGCACCACCAUGUUACCGCUUUCAGCAACGCUGUGCUUCUUGCUUGGGAUUAUAUGUGCCCCUUUUAUUCAUGGAGCGAUAACCUGUGGGUUCCCCGGAGCUCCGGCUCACUCCUCAGUGUUCUUCAGCAACACAACGCUGACCCCCGGGACUGUGGCCACCUACACGUGCGAGAGAGGGUUCGAGCUGCUAGGUCCUUCCAGGAGGGUGUGCGGCAAUGAUGGCCAGUGGACACCAGAGGGGAUACCCUUCUGUGUUCUGAACGUGGCAGCUGGAAAAGCUCCCAUGCAGAUCAGUUCUGAGCAAGGAGGAGUUCCCCAGAAGGCCAUUGAUGGCAGCACCAGCUCCUUCUUCAACGCAGAGACCUGUACCCUCACUAGGCCUGAGAGAGUACCUUGGUGGUAUGUCAACCUGUUGGAGCCCUACAUGGUACAGCUCGUCAGGCUGGACUUUGGGAAAGCUUGUUGUGGUAAAAACAAGCCAGCCACGAUAGUAGUGCGAGUGGGGAACAACAGACCAGACCUGGGAACCAACCCUAUCUGCAACAGAUUCACAGGGUUCCUAGAGGAAGGCAAGCCACUCUUCCUACCAUGCAACCCUCCAAUGCCUGGUGCCUUUGUGUCUGUUCAUCUGGAGGGAACCACAGGCACCAACCAGCUUAGCAUUUGUGAAGCCUUUGUAUACACUGACCAGGCGCUUCCCAUUGAGAGAUGUCCGCAGUUCAGAGACCAGCCACCAGGCAGCACUGCUACCUAUAAUGGCAAGUGCUAUAUCUUCUACAACCGCCAGCCCCUGAACCUACGGGAGGCAUUGGCAUUCUGCCGCAGCCGAGGCGGGUCUUUGGUGGACGAGAGUAACCCAGCUCUACAAGGCUUUAUCAGUUGGGAACUGUGGAGGCGACACAGGAGUGACACCAGCAGCCAGUACUGGAUGGGAGCCGUGAGAGAUCCACAAGACCGCAACAACUGGAAGUGGCUCGGUGGAGACGAUGUCACUGUCAGCUUCUGGUCACUGCCCGGUGGAGACGAGGACUGUGCGAGGUACGACGGAGCCAAGGGGUGGCUGUGGAGCGACACCAACUGUAACGUCAAGAUCAACUACAUCUGCCAACACCAACCAAAGGCUUGUGGUAAACCAGAGCAACCUCCCAACUCCACGAUGGUCGCCAAGAACUUCAAUGUUGGAGCCACAAUCGAGUACAGUUGUGACGAGGGGCAUCUACUGGUCGGGCCGAGCUCUCGAGUUUGUCUCCCCACCGGCUUCUACAACGAGUUCCCCCCAGUCUGCAAACGAGUGCAAUGCGGCUACCCUGCGGACAUAGCCAAUGGAGACUACCAACUGUUGAAUGACAGUGUAGGCUACAUGAGUCAGGUGCUAUACAGCUGUGAGGAAGGGUACAAGCUGCUGGGCCGUGCUCAGCUGACGUGUGACUUAGACGAGAGAUGGGACGGCCCACCUCCCAGGUGUCAACCAAUCAAAUGCAGUGAUCCACCUGAAAUAGAGAACGGGGAAGUUUUCAUAGACAGCAAUGUAACAGUUGUUGGGACAGUUGUUGAAUACACCUGCAUUUCUCGCAAGUAUCGGCUAGUUGGGGCUAAACAAAUUAUUUGUCUGCCUUCGGGCCAAUAUGACAAACCUGCUCCCGAAUGCAAAGAAGUGAAGCAGACACCUGUCGUGCCACUAGUGACAGCGCCCAAGCCUCAGACGACGACUCGCCUACCACCCACACGUGAGCGUCCCCGGCCGUUCUCCCCUCGCCCCACCACACCUCCCACCACUCCAGCUGAUGAGGACAAUGAGGCAGAGGACAGCAAGCAGAGCGAGUCCGGACGAGUGCCUCAGAUUGUCGUGGCUUCCGCUCAUCCCCAGGACAACGAGAUCCCAGACUCCGUCCAUGUUCACAACAAUCUGCUACACAACGGAGCCGAUCUGCCAACUCACUCUACAGACGACAGGCGAGAGACUCUCGGAGCUAAGCUGAACCUUGGUGCCAUCAUCGCUCUUGGAGUAUUCGGAGCGUUUGUGUUCCUAGCAGCAGUGGUCACCACAGUUGUAAUUCUAAUCAGGAGGAAUCGAAGUGCCAAACACUACCGCCACCGAGCAUCACCUGACUGCAACACUGUCGCAAGUUUCGACUCGUCGAGCUCUGAGUCCCGCGGAGGGUUGAAUCGCUACUACCGCCAAGCAUGGGAGAAUCUCCACCAAUCAGCGAGCAGUAAGGUGGCCAACCACCCUCCCCUACGGCGCAAGGAGACACUGGACCGCGAGGGGGUGAGGGAUGGCAGUGAGUUGGUAGUGAGUGACGUUUACCCGCAGCAGCGCAGAGAGACGACAGAGAAGAAGCGACACCACCACCAUCACCACCACCAGGGAGAGUGGAGGGGGCACCAGCACGCGCGAUCUCCACACAAGGCUCGCUACUAGAAACUGUUGUCUUAAGUCUUCAAUUUCAAACAUUGUGACUCUAACCCUUUGCGAUUGGCAAUACUGUUUAUGAUGUCUAAAUCAGGAGGAAAGUGGUCAGUUUCAUGGCUUUUGUGCAGAAACUGCAGUAAAGUUCACCUUAGUUGUCACUGCCACUUGGAUGACUAGUAUUAAAACUUGCUUACACUUUGAAGGUAAGCAACAUUGACAAAAGUUAAAUUUUUUGUCAAUAAACAACAAACAAAACUUUGUUUGUUAUAAUGUGUGUCAUGUCUGAGCGGUAAUAUGUGUUAUAUGUGCAGCUUUGAAAUUGAAUUCCAAGCUAGUGGGAAGAAGCUGCUAUGAUUGCUGCUGAGCUGAAACUUGUAAUGCAAGCCGCAGAGACAAGAGCAAAGGGUUAAAAAUUAUAGGUCAUUCAUAAAAAAAGCUAAGAGCGGAAACAGUAUUUUUUUUUAAAUAAAUUUUAUAUUCUACAAAUUGGAAUAAA